AUGGUUCACGAACGUAUUCCUGCCAAUAAAACCGAUGUUUCAAUCCUUGGAACCCCCCUAACAUUCCGUAAUGGUCGAAAGGCGAAAAACCGUUUUUUAAAGGCUUCCUUGACGGAGAUGGUAAGUGCGUGGGAUGCGGAAGACUUAUCUCAGAGAGGAAUACCAACGCAAGAUUUGAUUAACGUCUAUGACAAAUGGGGGAAUGGUGGCUUUGGUGUUAUCUUGACAGGAAACGUGAUGGUUGAACCGCGUAAUUUGGAAAACGCUGGGAACCCAAUCAUCUGCCGAGAAAACGAUUCGCCACAGCUACGAGAGGCACUUUCGAAACUGGCUAAAGUUUCAAAGCAGGAUGGAGCGCUCAUUCUCGUACAACUCUCACAUGCUGGAAGGCAAACUCCCUUCACGGUGAAUGAGUACCCAUACUCAAGCUCUGAUGUGCAAUUGAACAGCUCUAUCAUAGAUGGUGGUAAACCCGUACCAUUGGCAUUGGACCAGCUGAAAACUGAAGUGAUCGAUCGCUUUGUUUUUGCCGCAAAAGUAGCCUAUGAAACAGGAUUCGAUGGGAUAGAAUUGCACGCUGCCCACGGCUACCUUCUUUCCCAGUUCAUGUCUCCUACAGCGAACAAAAGAAAAGAUAGAUAUGGUGGUUCCUUGGAAAAUAGAUUUCGGCUUAUCGCAGAGAUAUAUCGAGCUAUCAGGUGCGAG